GGGGGGCGGGGCCGUGCAAGCCCGGAAGAGAUGCCGCUCCGCGCAUGCUCCUUCCUUUCCAGUCCCAGCUCCGGACGUAGCAGUCGUCGCGGUGAAUGUUGAUGCCCAAGAAGAAUCGGAUUGCCAUUUAUGAACUCCUUUUUAAGGAGGGGGUGAUGGUGGCCAAGAAGGAUGUCCACAUGCCAAAACACCCGGAACUAGCAGACAAGAAUGUGCCCAACCUUCAUGUCAUGAAGGCCAUGCAGUCUCUCAAGUCACGAGGCUAUGUGAAGGAACAGUUUGCCUGGAGACAUUUUUACUGGUACCUUACCAACGAGGGUAUCCAGUACCUCCGUGAUUACCUCCACCUGCCCCCUGAGAUUGUGCCUGCGACCCUGCGCCGCAGCCGUCCUGAGACUGGCAGGCCACGACCUAAAGGUCUGGAGGGUGAACGACCUGCAAGACUGACUCGAGGGGAAGCUGACCGGGACACGUACAGACGGAGCGCUGUGCCUCCUGGUGCUGACAAGAAAGCCGAGGCUGGGGCUGGGUCAGCAACUGAAUUCCAGUUUAGAGGCGGAUUUGGUCGUGGACGUGGUCAGCCACCUCAGUAAAGUUGGAUGGGAUUAUUUUGUGUUAAAUAAACCUAUAGCCAGAAAA